AUGGUCAAACGCGUGGGCCAAGUUCCAGAACUCCCAGCUUCAGAUACCAAGGGCCAGGCCUUGGAGGACGCGGAGAAAGGCGAUGCCGCCUCGGCCGUUGCAUGCAAGGCGCACGAUGUUGGCAAGGGCCACGGCAGCAACAUCGAUUUCAACAGGCUCUCCGAGAUGAUGUCAACGCAUGGAAGCGGGGUAGAAGACACCGCCUUCAUGGCUCAACACCCGGACACCCCGCAAAGUGUUGAAGCGCUUGGCCGGAUCGAGGGCACCGUGAAGCAGUUCCAGCCUUGCACAGCCAUGACGGAUCGAUCCGCGGGGUCGGAGCAGCGCUGGAAGCACCUGAUGGGCAUUUCCGUGAGUCAGCAUGCACAGGACGGCUACCACAUCGGCUUCAUGUCAUGCUUACCGGACAUGCCAUCGGACGGGAAAUGGAUCCAAAGGAUCGUUACCCAGCAGUUGUUCGACAUGCUCGAAAGCCCCAUGGGGGCCCUGUGUUCGGAGGCCGAGCGCCAGCGCCCGCGCGCCGCCGCGGACGCGGACUCGCCGGAGGCUAGCCGCGCUCAGAGCGUGCACGAGGUGCGGCGGGAGCUGGCGCGCCUGGAGCUGGACCUCCUGGGCGCGCAGAAGGCGUCCUGCGCCGCGGAGGUUGAAGCGCAGGCGGCCGCGGAGCUGGCGCAGUCGCAGCGGGCGGGCGGGUCAAAGCAAAAGACGCACGACGACUCCAUGAAGCCGAGCAAGCAGGAGUCCAGCGGCGACGCCGUGGUCAGCGACGCCCACGAUAUCGGGGAAUUUGAGGGGGCCAGUGACCAGCCGCGGACGUUCUACUGGCAGGGCCACGGGGGCACCGGCGACCACGCCAGGGUCGAAAGCGCCGACGACGCCAGGGACGUCGACGGGAUCAGUUCCCACCUGGGCUUCGACGCCAUCGAUCAUUGGGAGCACUGCGGGGGCGCCAGUUGCCGCGCCUGA